UUGGAGCCGGCGGAGAGCGCGCAAGGGUUGGCGGGACUGCGAGUUUCCGGUCUCGGCUUUGGCGGGACUGGUUUGAAGCUCUCCUGUUUGACGAAAGUAUGUCUCAGGAACGCGCGGUCCCAGCUAGCGCGGUUCCCCUGGAAGAAUUAAGUAGCUGGCCAGAGGAGCUAUGCCGCCGGGAACUGCCGUCCGUCCUGCCGCGACUCCUCUCAUCGUCUCAACAUUCUGACAGUUGGAUUGAGCAUAUUCAAAUUUUGAAAAUUAUUGUAGAAAUGUUUUUACCUCAUAUGAACCACCUGACAUUGGAGCAGACUUUCUUUUCACAAGUGUUACCAAAGACUGUGAAAUUAUUUGAUGACAUGAUGUAUGAAUUAACCAGUCAAGCCAGAGGACUGUCAAGCCAAAAUUUGGAAAUCCAGACCACUCUAAGGAAUAUUUUACAAACGAUGGUGCAGCUCUUAGGAGCUCUUACAGGAUGUGUUCAGCAUGUCUGUGCCACACAGGAAUCCAUCAUGUUGGAAAAUAUUCAGAGUCUCCCCUCCUCAGUCCUUCAUAUAAUUAAAAGCACAUUUGUGCAUUGUAAGAAUAGUGAAUCUGUGUAUUCUGGGUGUUUACACCUAGUUUCAGACCUUCUCCAGGCUCUUUUCAAGGAGGCCUAUUCUCUUCAAAAGCAGCUGAUGGAACUGCUGGACAUGGUUUGCAUGGACCCUUUGGUAGAUAACAAUGAUGAUAUUUUGAAUAUGGUAAUAGUUAUUCAUUCUUUAUUGGAUAUCUGCUCUGUUAUUUCCAGUAUGGACCAUGCAUUUCAUGCCAAUACUUGGAAGUUUAUAAUUAAGCAGAGCCUUAAGCACCAAUCCGUAAUAAAAAGCCAGUUGAAACACAAAGAUAUAAUUACUAGCUUGUGUGAAGACAUUCUUUUCUCCUUCCAUUCUUGUUUACAGUUAGCUGAGCGGAUGACACAGUCAGAUGCACAGGAUAAUGCUGACUACAGAUUAUUUCAGAAAACACUCAAAUUGUGUCGUUUUUUUGCCAACUCCCUUUUGCACUACGCUAAGGAAUUUCUUCCUUUCCUCUCUGAUUCUUGCUGUACUUUGCACCAGCUGUAUCUUCAGAUACACAGCAAGUUUCCUCCAAGCCUUUAUGCUACCAGGAUUUCUAAAGCACACCAAGAGGAAAUAGCAGGUGCUUUCCUAGUGACACUGGAUCCACUUGUCAGUCAGCUGCUCACAUUUCAGCCUUUCAUGCAGGUGGUUUUGGACAGUAAAUUAGACCUGCCAUGUGAACUACAGUUUCCACAGUGUCUUCUUCUGGUUGUUGUCAUGGAUAAGCUGCCAUCUCAGUCUAAGGAAGUGCAAACCCUGUGGUGCACAGACAGCCAGGUCUCAGAAACUACAACCAGGAUAUCUCUACUCAAAGCCAUUUUCUACAGUUUUGGGCAGUGUUCUGGUGAACUCUCUCUACCUGUUCAUUUACAGGGAUUAAAGAGUAAGGGGAAAGCUGAGGUGGCUGUCACCUUGUAUCAGCAUGUUUGUGUUCAUCUGUGUACAUUUAUUACUUCCUUUCAUCCCUCACUGUUUGCUGAACUGGAUGCUGCUCUGCUGAAUGCUGUACUUAGUGCUAAUAUGAUCACCUCUUUGUUAGCUAUGGAUGCAUGGUGCUUCCUUGCUCGAUAUGGGACUGCUGAACUCUGUGCACACCAUGUCACCAUAGUGGCUCAUCUGAUAAAGUCGUGCCCUGGAGAAUGUUAUCAACUCAUCAACCUAUCAAUACUAUUGAAGCGUCUCUUUUUCUUCAUGGCGCCACCCCAUCAGUUGGAGUUUAUCCAGAAAUUUUCCCCAAAAGAAGCAGAAAAUCUGCCUCUGUGGCAGCAUAUUUCCUUCCAGGCGUUACCUGCUGAGCUUAGGGAACAAACUGUCCAUGAGGUCACCACAGUAGGCACAGCAGAAUGCAGGAAAUGGCUGAGCAGCAGUCGUACUUUGGGAGAACUAGAAUCUCUGAACACAGUACUGUCUGCUUUGCUUGCAGUAUGUAAUUCUGCUGGUGAAGCUUUGGAUACAGGAAAACAAACUGCAAUUAUGGAAGUUGUGAGUCAGCUUUGGGCUUUUUUAAACAUUAAACAGGUAGCAGAUCAACCUUAUGUUCAACAGACAUUCAGCCAUUUACUUCCACUGUUGGGAUUUUUCAUUCAAACCCUAGAUCCUAAACUGAUACUUCAGGUAGUAACUUUGCAGACCUCACUGCUUAAAUUAGAGCCUCCUGACUAUGUUCGUUUGGCAAUGUUGGAUUUUGUAUCUUCUCUAGGAAAACUUUUUAUACCUGAAGCUAUCCAGGACAGAAUUCUGCCCAACCUGUCCUGUAUUUUUGCCUUACUGCUAGCUGACAGGAGUUGGCUGCUAGAACAACAUACCUUGGAGGCAUUUACUCAGUUUGCUGAGGGAACAAAUCAUGAAGAGAUAGUUCCACAGUGUCUCAGUUCUGAAGAAACUAGGAACAAAGUUGUAUCCUUUCUGGAGAAGACUGAGUUUGUAGAUGAAACUGAAGCUGCCAAAGUGGAACGUGUGAAACAGGAAAAAGGUAUUUUCUGGGAACCCUUUGCUAAUGUGACUGUAGAAGAAGCAAAGAGGUCAUCUUUACAGCCUUAUGCAAAAAGAGCUCGUCAAGAGUUCCCUUGGGAAGAAGAGUACAGUUCAGCGCUGCAUACAAUAGUAGGGGCCUUGGAAGCAACUGAGUCACUACUCCAAAAGGGUCCUGCUCCAGCCUGGCUUUUAAUGGAAAUGGAGGCGCUCCAAGAAAGGAUGGAUAAGCUAAAACGUUAUAUACAUACUCUAGGGUGAAACUUAUCCCUAGGCAGAACUGGGUUUGAUGCUUUGUCAACUGAAAAUACUUACUUAUGUCUGUACAUUUUCUAACAGAUGAUAUAAAACAAAUUUUGUAAAGCUGAAUCUAGUGAAAAUAAUCUUUAUUUGACAUUUAGAGAACAGGAUUGUGGGGAAUAUUCUUAUUAAGAACUUUGGUACAAUGUACUACAUGUGGAACAGUCAGGAACUGCCCAGGUCCACAAAGAACCAUUUACUCAGACAGUAUAACUGUAAACAAAUAAAUAAGCUGCCUAAGGAAACCUCAGCAAUUUAAAAUCAUUUAUAUAAUUUAUAGCUAGAAUUUUUUUAAGUUGUAUUUCAUAAUAGAGCUUACUCUUAUGUUAAAGAAUGGCACAAAAUUAAGCUAACCAGCUUGAAUUCUUACAUUUUACUUCCAGAAUUGUCCUGGAAAAAGCAGUAAGUUCGACCUGUCCUCAGCUACUUGCUCUUCAUAGAAACUGGCCUCAGUCAAAUGCACAAAGGCUCUUCUUCCUCCUGGAAACCAGUACUAUGAGCCUCACCACCCAGGGCUUUUAGCCAGCACUCGCAGUCAGUCUCAUAUUUCAGUUGGCACAGACCGGAUAAUGAGCUCCUGGGAUGGGAAAAGCAGGCCACUUUGGGGUUUUCUUGUCCCAAAGCCUGCUUUUGAGGUAUUGAUUUUUUUUAAAAAAAGGGAAUCCUUUUUCCUAAAGUUUAACUCACAUCUAUUGUCACCAGUUAUUAUCUUCCCAGUUCAGCUCCCCUUCUUCUUCCCAGCCUUCAGCCUCUCCCUGCAACAAAAUAAAGCACACCAAAAAUCCACUGAAACAAAUCAUAUGCAAAAAUCAUGCAAAUUUGAAAAAGCAGGAAUUUAAAAUUUAUCUUUUGAUGCCAGAAACACUACCUUGUACUAAGUAAAAUAACUUAAGAGCUCUAACAGAAAGUUGAAAAGUAGGAUUACAAAACCAUAGCACUGGAAAAUAAAACCAUAAAAUCCAGUAAAAAUCAGUGUGAUGACACUAUAUCCUUAUUUUAAUGCCCCCCUUUUUUUUUUUUCAAAUAAAAAGGGUACAAUAGCUCAUUAAACAAA